GGUGCCCCUAGGGAGGGCGCGUGGACGGCCGCCCAAGUGUAGCUGGCAGCUUCUGCCUCGCUUCCCUGACCACAUGGAGCCAGGCUGGCUGCUGCAUGUUCCGAAGUUAUCCCUAGCUGUGCAAAGGACUACAAAUUCUCAUGCAAUUUUGGUGAUGUCCCUUCAUGCAACAAGAAUUUGAAACAAGCUUUGCCUUCUCCACGGUCUGGUUGCAUUCCUAAAUUCAUUGCCAGCGAUCAUCAGCACAAGCGCUACUAUUGAAUCGCCCAUUUACCUUGAGCUCUUAAGUUCGUGUUCCUAAAGAAUGUUUAACAAGCUCUCAGGUUGGGGUGGAUCAGCAGCUGCUGAUCAGGAGGCCCCUGUCUCUCAGGAGAUUGACCAGGCAGUUCAGACUGAGUCCGAGACCACGCCCACAAAGCACAUGAUGGAGUCCGGCAAGCACAAGCACCGCAAGCAUCAUCACCGGGAGGUUGAUGGCACUCAGGAGGAGGGGGUGCUGGCGCAGGAGGCAACUGUUAUCAGGGAGCGCCCAAUGGUUCAGGGGGCUGAGCAGUCCCUUCAUUAUCUGGACGGUGUGCCUAUAGACACAUCCCUGCCCCAGGAAACGACCACAACAUAUGUUCAGCAGGAGGUAAUGACCCCGUCCCCCCGAGCUGAGAGGACCCUGGCUGUUUAUGAGCCCCCCCGCGCUGAGGCGCCUGCUGCUUCAACCACCCUCGUCACUGUGAAGAGCAUCUCUGCAGAGGAGAGGGACAGGCAGAUCCACGAGGAGAACUUGAGAAGAGCUCAGCUGCAAGAGGAACAGAUGAAGGUGGAGGCAGCGGCCUUCAUGGAGAAGCAGAAGCGGGAUACAAUUGCCUUCAUGCAGAAGGAGGAGGCCAAAGCACAAGCCAAGUACGAGAAGGAGAUGACAAAUGCUGCUUACAGAGAAGCACAAGUGCAGAAGAAGGCUGCCGAUAUGUGUGCUGAAGCUGCCGCAGCUCGGAAGAAGGUGGAAAUUCGUGCUCAGCAGAAGUUGGAGAUGAAGCGAGCGAAGGCAAAAACUCUGGCGGAAGAGAAUCUGGCCACUGCCAAGGUGCGGGGAACUGCCAUCCAGAAGGGUGAUGUACGGGCAGAGUUGACCCAAUCCUGGACCCGGAAGUUUUCGAACAAGCUGAAGAUGUAAUCAAAAAACUGAUUGAGAGGAUGGAAAGCUGUCUUCAAAUUAUCUAUUGCACCGGAGAUCAAAAACAACACCGUAGUGAAAACGGUUUGUACAGAGUUCGUACGAGUUGGACUGGGAAGUGACUCGCGAUCGGUGUUGUAGGCUAAUCAUGCGGAAUUAUGUUUACGGUUUGUUACUCUGGAAGGAUUGGUAGGCACGCCCAAGUUAGGAAAAGAAGGAAAAUAUUGUUUGUGACAAGCACGCGAAAACACGUUUACCAUAGUAAUCUAUCUUGUAUGAACUGCAAAUGGGAUAUCAUGAUAGAAAACUACUUCUCAAUGACCAAAGUGAAUUUGAUUUCAUCAUGGAAUGCAUUGGGAUUUGUGACCUACUAUCUUUACACUGAUAUAUUGACAAAUUUUCUUUGAAC